UAAAUACGAAAAACCCAAGCUCAACACCAAAAAGUGCUAGAAAAUGUGCCGGGUGUAGGAGAGAAGCGAAAAGCACGGAGAGCAUAAUUAACUAAGGAAAAUAAAGAAAAUCUGGCUUGAAGUGGAGGCAGCACACAGAAGCCGAAAAUAUGUGCGCAGACUUUUCUUUGGCCGGCCAGUGGAAUUGAUUUUCUUUUCGUUUCUCCCAGAACCUAUCCCCCCUUUCCCCCUAAAGCAAAAACCUCCUCUUCUGGUGACCAAACCAAAUAAAAAUCACCAAAAUGAUCUAUUACAUGCUACUCAUACUGCCAGUGGUUUUGGCCCAGGAUCAGCAGCAAACCACGGAAUCGCUGUCCAGCAAACACCAGCAGCUGUCCCACUCGAAUGCGAUAAUGGGCGAGGCUGGUGUGUCCAAUACCCAGCUGAUGCAGCCCUCGAUCCCGGCCAGAACCCUGCGACCCCUGACCGCGGGCGUCGGUGGAGCGGGAGACCCCUCGCUUUACGACGCCCCCGACGACUGCCACUUUAUGCCGGCCGCGGGUCUGGACCAGCCGGAGAUUGCUCUCACCUGCAAUCUGAGGACCGUAAACAGCGAGUUCGACACCACGAACUUCAGUGUAAUCCCCGCGGAGCACACGGUGGCCCUGCACAUCCUGUGCAACGACGAAAUCAUGGCCAAGAGUCGCCUGGAGGCCCAGUCCUUUGCCCACUUGGCCAGGCUCCAGCAGCUGUCGAUUCAGUACUGCAAGCUGGGGCGGCUGGGUCGCCAGGUCCUCGAUGGCCUGGAGCAGCUGAGGAAUCUCACUUUGAGGACCCACAACAUCCUGUGGCCCGCGCUGAACUUUGAAAUCGAAGCGGACGCCUUUCUGGUCACCCGCCGACUGGAGCGACUGGAUCUCAGUUCGAACAACAUCUGGUCCCUGCCGGAUAAUAUAUUCUGCACCCUGUCCGAGCUGUCGGCCCUGAAUAUGAGUGAGAACCGCCUGCAGGAUGUCAAUGAGCUGGGCUUCAGGGAUCGCAGCAAGGAGCCGGUUACCUCGGGUUCCACCGAGUCCACCUCCACCACCGAAUCGAACAGGAAGGGUUCUCCUAGCAGUGCCAGCUGCUCGCUGGAUCUGGAGUAUCUGGAUGUGAGCCACAACGACUUCGUGGUCCUGCCAGCCAAUGGCUUUGGAACUUUGAGGCGCCUGCGAGUCCUGUCGGUGAACAACAAUGGCAUCUCCAUGAUUGCCGACAAGGCGCUCAGUGGCCUGAAGAACCUGCAGAUCCUGAAUCUGAGCUCCAACAAAAUUGUGGCCCUGCCCACCGAACUCUUUGCCGAGCAGGCCAAGAUUAUCCAGGAGGUGUAUCUGCAGAAUAACUCUAUUAGUGUGCUGAAUCCGCAGCUCUUCUCGAAUCUCGACCAGCUGCAGGCCUUGGAUCUCUCGAUGAACCAGAUAACCUCCACGUGGAUCGACAAGAACACUUUUGUGGGACUGAUACGAUUGGUUCUCUUGAAUUUAUCGCAUAAUAAGCUGACCAAACUGGAACCGGAGAUCUUUAGUGAUUUAUACACCCUGCAGAUUCUGAACCUACGUCACAAUCAGCUGGAGAAUAUUGCCGCAGAUACUUUUGCACCCAUGAACAAUCUCCACACAUUGCUGCUUUCCCACAAUAAACUCAAAUAUCUGGAUGCAUAUGCUCUGAAUGGGUUGUAUGUCCUGUCGCUGCUUUCGCUGGACAACAAUGCGCUGAUUGGCGUGCAUCCGGAUGCCUUCCGGAACUGCAGUGCCCUGCAGGACCUCAAUCUGAAUGGCAAUCAGCUGAAGACGGUGCCGCUGGCCCUCAGGAAUAUGCGGCAUCUGCGUACCGUGGACCUCGGCGAGAACAUGAUUACCGUGAUGGAGGACAGUGCUUUUAAGGGGCUGGGAAAUCUCUACGGUCUCCGCCUGAUUGGAAACUACCUGGAGAACAUCACCAUGAACACGUUCAAGGACCUGCCCAGCCUGCAGAUCCUGAAUCUGGCCAGGAAUCGCAUAGCUGUCGUAGAACCAGGUGCCUUCGAGAUGACCUCCAGUAUUCAAGCUGUGCGUUUGGAUGGCAAUGAGUUGAGUGACAUCAAUGGAUUGUUUAAUAAUAUGCCCUCGCUGCUCUGGCUAAAUAUCUCCGAUAAUCGCCUGGAGUCCUUCGACUAUGGGCAUGUUCCAUCCACCCUGCAGUGGCUGGAUCUGCACAAGAACCGCCUGAGUUCCCUGUCCAACCGAUUUGGUUUGGAUGCUGAACUGAGGCUGCAAACCCUGGACGUGAGCUUCAACCAGCUGCAGCGCAUUGGACCAAAUUCCAUACCCAAUUCCAUAGAACUGUUGUUUCUCAAUGACAACCUGAUAACCACUGUGGAUCCCGAUACCUUUAUGCACAAGACUAACCUGACCCGAGUGGAUCUCUAUGCUAACCAGAUAACCACGCUGGAUAUCAAGUCCCUGAGGAUUCUGCCCGUUUGGGAGCAUCGCGCUCUGCCGGAGUUUUAUAUCGGGGGAAAUCCCUUCACCUGCGACUGCAACAUCGACUGGCUGCAGAAGAUCAACCACAUAACGUCGCGUCAGUACCCCAGGAUAAUGGAUCUGGAGACGAUAUAUUGCAAGUUGCUGAACAACAGGGAGAGGGCUUAUAUUCCAUUAAUCGAGGCUGAGCCCAAGCACUUUCUGUGCACCUACAAGACGCACUGCUUCGCCGUUUGCCACUGCUGCGAGUUCGAUGCCUGCGACUGCGAGAUGACCUGCCCCACGAACUGCACCUGUUUCCACGACCAAACCUGGUCCACCAAUAUCGUCGAGUGCUCCGGAGCCGCCUACUCCGAGAUGCCGCGCCGCGUGCCCAUGGACACCACCGAGUUGUAUAUAGAUGGCAAUAAUUUUGUGGAGCUGGCCGGGCACUCCUUCCUGGGUCGCAAAAACCUGGCAGUGCUCUAUGCCAACAACUCGAAUGUGGCCCACAUCUACAACACCACCUUCAGUGGGCUAAAGCGCCUGUUGAUUCUGCAUUUGGAGGACAACCACAUCGUGAGCCUGGAGGGCAACGAGUUCCACAAUCUGGAGAACCUCCGUGAGCUGUACCUGCAAUCCAACAAGAUAGCCAGCAUUGCGAACGGCAGCUUCCAGAUGCUGCGGAAGCUGGAGGUCCUGCGCCUCGACGGCAAUCGACUGAUGCACUUCGAGGUCUGGCAGCUGAGCGCCAAUCCCUACCUGGUGGAGAUCAGCCUGGCGGACAACCAGUGGAGCUGCGAGUGCGGCUACCUGGCCAGGUUCAGGAACUAUCUGGGCCAGAGCUCCGAGAAGAUCGUGGACGCCUCGCGGGUGAGCUGCAUCUACAACAAUGCCACCAGUGUGCUGAGGGAGAAGAACGGCACCAAGUGCACUUUGAGGGAUGGGGUGGCCCACUAUAUGCACACCAACGAGAUCGAGGGUCUGCUGCCGCUGCUCCUGGUGGCCACCUGCGCCUUCGUGGCCUUCUUCGGCCUGAUCUUUGGACUCUUCUGCUACCGUCACGAGCUGAAGAUGUGGGCCCACUCGACCAGCUGCCUGAUGAACUUCUGCUACAAGUCGCCGCGCUUUGUGGACCAGCUGGACAAGGAGCGGCCCAACGAUGCCUACUUUGCCUACAGCCUGCAGGACGAGCACUUUGUCAACCAGAUCUUGGCUCAGACCCUGGAGAAUGACAUUGGCUACCGGUUGUGCCUGCACUAUAGGGAUGUGAACAUCAAUGCCUAUAUCACGGAUGCCUUGAUUGAGGCCGCCGAAAGUGCCAAGCAGUUCGUGCUGGUGCUGUCCAAGAACUUCCUGUACAACGAGUGGAGUCGCUUCGAGUACAAGAGCGCCCUGCACGAGCUGGUGAAGCGCAGGAAGCGGGUGGUCUUUAUCCUGUACGGGGAUCUGCCCCAGCGAGACAUCGACAUGGACAUGCGGCACUAUCUGCGGACGAGCACCUGCAUCGAGUGGGACGACAAGAAGUUCUGGCAGAAGCUGCGAUUGGCCUUGCCUCUGCCAAACGGUCGUGGUAAUAAUAACAAGAGGGUGGUCUCCGGUUGCCUAUCAGCCCGCACACCUUCAGUAAACAUGUACGCCACGAGUCAUGAGUAUCAGGCCGGCAAUCCGCCGCCCAGUGCCCGUUAUGCGGACUGUGGCAGCAACAACUAUGCCACCAUCAACGAGUGUGGCGCCACUGGAGGAGCAGUUGGCGGCGGCAGGGGCUACAAACCCAUACCCACCUCGGCCUCGGCUGCGGCGGCCGCCUGCAAGUUCAACACCAUGAACCAGCUGUCCAAGAAGCAGCAGCGGGACAUGGGCCAUGCCAAGACCCUGGAGCACCAGCAUCAUGGCCAUCCGGCGAACCGGAGGAGUCAGCACGAGUACGCGGUGCCCAGCUACCUUCCAAGUUCUGCAGCUCCCGCCUACGACAGCGUGGACUAUGCCAAGCAGCAGCUGCGGAACAGCGCCAACUGCGAGUGCUCCAAUCUGGGCGGCACCAACAAGAGGGUGGGCCAGGUUAAAAGCUCCGUCGCCGGACUCCCAGCCAGCUUCAGCUCGAACUUUGUGCCGCCCGGCGGAGCCUCGUACAACUGCAAAAAGUCCUGCAACUGCAUCGGCGACGAGGAUCUGCUCUGCAGCUGCGGCGGGGGAGGCGGCAUUGGGGUGAAUCUCCUGGAAAGCGGCACCCAGAGCAGCGUCACCAUGAGCAGCAGCAGCAACAACAGCCGGCAGCCGGAACUCACCCACUACGAGUCGAACUUGAGUCUGAACGACGACGACGAGGACGAGGACCAGGAUCAGCAAAAGAACCUGUGGGCGUAACGGGGUUAAAUCUAUCGGGGGGUUAAGAGAAAACAGCAGGAGACAGACUGCGCAACCAGUGAAUUUAUAAAAACUUAAAGAAAACCCUUAACUAAACAUAAAGCAUUAACUAUAAAUUUAAAAAAGAUUACACGAAAAGUGGCAGGCAUAGCAUACUUUUUGGGAUGGUUCAAACAGACUGAUACUUUUAGUUCUUUAAAUAAAUUAAUGUUUAUUACCCUGUAAAUAGAGAAACUAUACCUUAAAAUGAGAUUUCAAUUUAACAACCAUUGUAAAAAAGACACAAAACGGUUUUUAUGUAAGGGCCUGUACAUAAUUAUAAAUAUAUAAUACCUUUAAUUUAUUUAAUAUUACAUUAGCUACCGCAAAUAUAAGAAAAACCAUGUUGAAUAAAAUAAAUGUGUGACAAAGAAGCAAAAAACGAUGAAAGAAUCCCAAUCAUUUUCCACUUUCCCCAGACUUUCCCCCGCCCCCUCCACCGCCAUCAGAUAGCCAGGAAAAUUAAUUAGCAUGUAAGGAAAUUGUACGAUAAACAUCAAACAAUGCCAUUGGUAAACAUGCAAAAGGAGCAGAAACAGAGCGAAAAUUCGCACCCACAGAGCGCGCGAAAAACGCAGCAAACAAUAAAAAGUCAUAAUAAUAACUGCGAUGAAAACACACAUACACAGAGAAAAUAAAUACGCGUAAUAAUAAUAUUAAUAGCUGACAUUCAACGAAUUGAAAAUAAAAUUAUAGUAAAUCAUAUCCCCCCCUCACGCCCAAUCGCAUAUAUAUUCCGGCCCUGGAAAUGCGAUAAUGAUGAGCCGACCGACCGAUGAAGCUGCCGUUGAUAACAAUUAAGCUCCCAAACGAAACCCGAUCGGAAAAUAUGAAUAAAACGCAGUGCAGUUUCGGGCUUAAUGCUUUCGCAUUUUUUCAUUUAAAUAGCAUCAGUGGCAUUCCGCAUAAAAAGCAGGCUUGGCUAGGCGAUUUAUAGGAAUGUCUGCCGAGCAAUUACGAUUUACAACGACUUUUCCAUUAUUUCCUUUUCAAAUUAAAAAUGUUUUUUGCUAGUAUUUCCUUUUUGUAUGUUUCCCUUUGACUAUAAAUUAAUUCCAUAGUUUUUCCUAAAUGCAAUUAUUGGUUUUCAACUCAUUGAACAGACAAAAGGAUCUUGAUAAUAUCUUUAUAUCGCGAUACCUAAAAUAAAUAUUAGAUUGACAAGUCCGCUUAUUUCUACCUUUUUACCACCAUUUCAAUCCUUGUUUCCUUCCUUGAUAUGCACUUGAUAUUAAUUUCAAAAGCAUAUUUACUAUUUAUGCAUUUUAAUUUUUUAUUUGAUUACUUUUCCGCGUGCCGAAUUAAUUGGUUAAAGAAACUGUCAGAACAAGAAAAAUAAAACAAAACAAACAAUCAAUUGAGCAUACUUUCGGCUUUUUUGCUGAAACGUUGUUCGCUGCUCAUACAAAACAUUUAAUGAAAUUAUUUAAUGGCAUGCCAUUAAAAUAACAAAAGAGCAAAUAAGAACAACAGAAGCGUAUUGAUUGAAAGAGGGGCAGAAGCAGCGGCGGUAAUCGGGAUGGGAGCAUUAUUAUUAUUUUACAUUUUUUCCGUUAUGCAAACAACAAAUAAAACAUACAUGAAUAAAUAAUAUGUUCGCAUGUCUGCCUGCGAAAUGUACAUAUAUAAAUACUUAUAUGAAUGUAUACAAUAAAUAAGAAGUUUCAUGAACUAAAUACAACAAAAAUUGAUCCCAGAUGAAUUUACUAAAAAAAUAACGAAAAAACACAAAAAACAACAGCAAAGCAAAUGGCCUAAAACAAUUGAGAUACUACUAAUAAAUAUUCAAUAAGCAUUAUAAUUAUAAACUAAAAACUGAACAAGCUACAAGAACAGAUGUAUUCGACAUUUCGUUUAGUCCUAGUUUUGUACAGAAACCGUCAAAAGCUCCCUGCAAAACCAAAAUAAAGCAAAAGUUACUCGCAAAAGUUUUAGAUAAAUUUAAUAAGCAAGAACAUCCAGUGGUAAUAAAUUACCAUUCGAAAUAAAAUUUCACUUAAAACCAAUUAAACCCAAUUUUAAAUCUCCAUUUUAUAGAAUUCACAUGAUGAAAAACAAAAUAUUACAUUUUAAAGUUUGAACAUUUCAAAUCACGUUUACUCAUUUUUUAAACACAUUUCAUUCCCGAUCACUCACGAAAAACCAAUGCAACGAUGUUAGACCAGCAGAAAAAGUGACAGAAUACCGAUAAAUAUGAAUAAAAUACUUUAUAAGAUUUUUGUGUUCCUAAAUGCCACUUAUGCAAAUUAAUGUCGAUUUCUAUGUAAACAUUAAUAUAUACGAAAUAUUAAGCCGAGGCAGGAAUGUGUGAAAAUAUAUUUCUCAAUUGACAAUUUUUGUUUAAAAUGAACAUGGCCCAUUUUUUAGUAUGUAAGUGGAAAUUUAUUUUAAAUAAUCGCAAAACUAACUGAACAAGCGAACGAAGGGAGACGAAAAAUAGACUUAAUGAAGUCAAAAAAAGAAACAAAACAAUAUGAAG